AUGGCAAAGAAAUACAGGAACACAGGAAGAAAAAGAAACGUUUUGUUACUGUUUCUUCUAGUUUCAUGCAAUGUGUUUAUUUUGAUGGCUACGCUGUAUCAGUUACUUGAAUCAAAGCAGCUAUUGGAAGAAUCCGUGACGGCGUCGACAGAGCUGACCAAUGACGUCAGCUCUUACUUUGCUGGUUCGGGCGAUGAUGAGUUUUCGGAUCCAACUCAGUGGUCAAUAACCAAGACACAGGAACAGUUUUCUGCGAUAUUAAGCAAUUAUACAUUAACAGGAAGUAACGUCAAUAACUUUGACUUUCCGUAUCUAUUUAACCCCAGUGGCAUUUGCAAUGUUCCCCGAAGCAUAAACAAUGUUUUUGUUUUAAUGAUGACCCCGAUUUCCCCACUGAAAGCUGACAAAAGAGCCGUCAUCAGAAAUGUCCGUGGACGAUUAAAAGAAGUCGAUGGUUACCAAAUAAGGCAUGUGUUUGUCAUGGGCAGGCCAACUGUAAAUGUCUCGAGUAUUUUGAACACCUUAAAACUGGAGAGUGAUACGUUUAUGGAUUUAGUAGUUUUGGAUUUUGAUGACUCGUACUAUAAUCUCACCCUGAAAACGAUGAUGCUGCUGCGCUGGGCGGUCACGUACUGCCCAAAUGCGAAGUAUGUCAUGAAAGUUGACGAUGACGUAUUUGUCAACUUGGAUAACCUCAUACCGCUUCUGAGCGAGGCACCGCGAGAAGGAUACGCCGUCGGCUACGUGUACGUACAAUCGAAACCGAUACGCAAGACAUGGAAUAAAUGGUACGUAAGCGAGGAAGAGUGGUCGUACGAGUUUUAUCCGCCAUACCCAACGGGUCCAGCGUACGUUCUGUCAAUGGACGUGGCGAGGGCCGUGUUAAAAUCGGCACGGCGUAUUAGAAUGUUUCGCAUGGAGGAUGUCUACAUCGGAAUGAAUCUGUUAAAAUUGUCGAUAAAGCCCGUCCACCACAAUGGGUUUGACCGUUACGGUAUAUGCCAGUCACUACCAUGCUGCGUGCGUAACGUCAUCGCGACGCACUACAUAACCAGCGUGAGAAUGGCGACUUUGCCGCGUAGAAUGGAGCAACUGAAUUACACGAAAUCGUGCCACGCUACAAAAGUUAUCAAAAAAAUACAUCGAUUAGAACUGUCGUAG